AUCAUCCUUAGGACGCUGUACUCCCAUACAUGUCAGUGCUGAUUGCUCUGUCGUGGCCCCUGAACUGGUGCAUUGGGAUGGCAGGAUUUUACAAGACAGAGAAAAGUAAAGCAUGGGUCUCAAUGACACCCGGAAAGAAGCUCGAGGGUCUCGUGGCAGCUACAAUCACUCCCAUGACUCCCGAUGGACAAGUCAAUCUUUCAGUGAUUUGCCAAUAUGUGGAUUAUCUGGUAAGCGAGCAGAAAGUGAAGAACAUCUUUGUGAAUGGCACCACAGGAGAAGGCCUGUCCCUUAGCAUCCAGGAGAGGAAGCAGUUGGCAGAAGAAUGGGUGCACCAAGGAAAAGACAAACUAGAUCAUGUGAUCAUUCAUGUGGGAGCACUAAGUCUACCAGAGUCCCAAGACCUGGCAAGACACGCAGCAGCCAUAGGUGCUAGUGGUAUUGCUGUAAUAGCCCCCUUCUUCUUCAAACCCACAAACAAAGAUGAACUGGUUGCUUUCUUACAGAAAGUUGCAUCUGAAGCCUCUGGGGUUCCAUUUUAUUACUAUCACAUUCCUCCUCUGACGGGUGUAAAGAUUCGUGUUGAAGAGUUGCUGGAUGGAAUCAGAGAGCAGAUCCCCACCUUCCAGGGUGUGAAGUUUAGCGACACAGACCUCUUGGACCUUGCACAGUGUAUAAACAAGAAUGAGAGUGAACAGUUUGCAUUUCUUUAUGGGGUGGAUGAGCAACUGUUGGGUGCACUGGCAGUAGGGGCAAACGGAGCAGUUGGAAGCACAUACAACUAUUUGGGUAGAAAAACCAAACUGAUGUUGCAAGCUUUUGCAAAGGCAGACCAUGCAUUAGCACAAAAGUAUCAGUUUCUCAUUGGGGAAUUUCUCAACUUUGUCAUCAAACUAGGCUAAUCUUUGAUUGCAGUACUGUGCAUCCAGGUGCAUUUCAUUUCUGGAGUUCAGUUUGGCUCCCGUGUGCAGUGAAGAACAGUGAACGGGCAGAACUGCCUGCAGUGCUGGAAGCCUGGAAUAUAUACGGUGAAAGAUGGAGGAUGAUAUGGUAAAAACAGCUGUGUUUUGCCUAACUGGUGAAUCUGGGGGAGAAUUCACAGUUCCUGUAAAGUGCAUUUCAAGGGUGACUACGAAAAUGUUUAAUACUGAUACUGACACUGGGAAUUGUUUUAAAUGGCACAUUGUGAUACAUAAUACUGUGCAUAUUAAAAGCAAACAAACAGAAACAGCACCAUCAUGGACAUUUCAAACCAGACAUUGAAAAUGUGAUGGUUUUUCUUAACCAUAAAUGCCUUCUGCUGUAGCUCCUCAUGUGUAGUAGGAUCACUGGUUGUUACAAUGUUUGACAUACAUUGAGGAGGAAGGUGACUCUUAUCUUUACAACAGUUUUAGAGUACAGUAACUAAAGCAUUAAGCUAAGUAUUAAAUGUUGGGAGAGGAAGGAAGAGUCCUUUUCCAGUGUCCCAUUAAAGAUAUAUCUAAGUUACAUAGUUUGGUUGGUGGAAGCAGUGUCCGUGCCUCAUUAGCCUGGGUGAAGCCCUUUGUUAAUAGGAGCUGUGUUAUUUCUGAUGGACCAGUUAGUUUCAUGGCAAUGCAGUGUGCUGCACGGCUAGAUCCUAAGCAGUGAUAGCAUGCUCUGUAUCCUAAAUAGAGCAGAGGUGGUGUGAUCAGUUAGCUUCAAAAUGGGAAGAAUUCAAACUGUAAUUAUAGACCGUGGUUUUGUCACUUCCUAAGGGCGUUAAUGUUUUCUUUUUUGUUUGUGUGUUGGUUUGUGUGUUUGUAUUCAUAAAGAAUCUUUUGAGUUCUCUUGGAUAUAAGAUGGAACAGUAUUUGUUAGUUUUCCCUGGGUGCUGAAACAGUUGAUUUUAUAAUUGCUGAAAUUCAGUAAGUCAGGGCUACUUGUGGGGUAGAAAUGCUUUUAUAGAACACUGUAUGAAACUUUUUUUUUUUCUAUACUAGACCUCAGAAUCAGAAGUAGAGGACUUAAAUGAUGAGCUGUGCGAGAACUGGACCUUGGAAAAUACCAAAGCAUGUCUGAACCAUGUUUUUCCAAAAGGAGAUUUGAGAAGAAUAUAAAUAGACUCGAAUUGGGCCUGACCACA